GACUGUAUACGGUACCGGUACCGUGCCGUACAGUUCAGCCGUCAGGCCGUGGUCAUCUGUAAAUUUAUUUUUAGGCUAAUGUCUAUAUUGGGUUUUGCUGCAGAAUGCGUCUUCUACUGAUGGUGGUAUGUAUAUCUUCCAUACAAGGAAUACUUGCAUCUACAGAUGGAUAUAGUCUUGUGUUGCAGCAUGAUUUAGGGAACGGGUUUUAUGUCCAAAGAGGAGUUAUUCUUUUUCCAACAAUGAAGGGCGAAGAUGCAGAUAUAAUCGGACAAAAAGAAUUAAACACAACUGAAUUACAACUGAUAAAUAAAUUACAGAGUGGUAAUGGGAUUUAUAAACUCAGAGUUAGAAGUCAAUUGAUUACAACUGAUGUCGAUAAACAAACAAUUGAAGAUGGUUCAUUUGUAACAGCAUACACAGAUGCAAAAAGUUUGUUGGCUUCAGGUCUACAAGAUGAAAUAACAAUUCUUACAGAUGGAUUAGGAAAUAUCAUAUCAAUUGAAGUCAAACCUCAGCAAAAUGCUGGAGAAUCAGAUCUUAAAAACUUAAGUACAAUUUUGAAAGUGAAUAGUAUUCAAUCAGGCCCUGUGCCUGACACUGCUGGUUUUCUUAAUAAAUUGAAAGAAGAAAAGCUGAAGAAAGAAAAAGCAGAUAAAGAUCCAAAAUCUUUCAUUGGAAAAUAUUGGAUGUAUAUUCUACCAGUGGUCUUCAUAAUGAUGAUGUCAAGUGCAAAUCAGCAGCAACAACAGUAGAAGGGAAGCAAGGCUUACCAGAAGUCUCAAUCAGCUCUGCAUCUCAGCACAUUUUAUGUAUCGUCAAUGUUAUUAUGACUGUCCGUUGUCACUACAGGAAAGGCUUGAAUGAUUCAAUGUAUCACCUACUUUUGUGAUCCCAUUCUGAUGGGUAUUUCUAUUCUAAUUUAUUUGCAAAGAACAAUGUAAUAUAAAACUCAAAAUAAUUUGGAAA